CACUCGCGUGUCUCCUUCCUCUCUGUCGAAGUGGUUCGGGCUUGUUUUUAAAGACUGUGCGGCCUUUUUUGUCGUCAGACUUGGCAACCUAGCGUGACGGUUAAGAUGGCCGCGGUUGGCGGUGCGCUUCUGAUUAGUGGAACAAGAUGACGACCAGGAGCAGCAUGACAGCCCGGUUUUUAAAAUGUAUAGCUGAGUAUCCGCCAACCGAAGAGCUUCGCGGCCCAUGAGUGCGAGCACAGGAGGGAGAUAUUCUUAGACACGGCAAACAGAAACGCAGGCGUCCAGGACUGGUCACCCAAUGGAGGAUAUCAAUUCCAACAUUAACGCCGACUUAGAGGUGCGGAAACUACAGGAUCUGGUGAAGAAAUUGGAAAGGCAGAAUAAACAGCUGCGCAGUAGAUCCAUUAUUGUUGGCUCUUCCGGGGGCGCGGGAGUACGGACGACUGGCUCCUCAAAUGAACCACCGGGGCUCUGUGCUGUGACUAGGGGCUUUGACACGUUAGAGACAGCUCCUCGUAGUCUGAGCCCGAGCACGUCCCCGACAGAGGACGAGGAGCCGGCCGGCGUGCUUGAUGAGGUGGAGCCGCUAAACCUGGACAUGGACGAUCCGCUGCAGGAGGAGGACAGCUGGUUAUAUGAAUCACCAAAGAAGAACUGUAACUCUUUAAAAACAGAUAUAAGCCCUAUAGCCUGGUGUAGACAUGUGCUGGAUCAUCCAAGUCCUGAUAUUGAAUCAGCAAAAAGAUCUUUAAUCCAUCGUCUGGAGCAGAUAAUGUCAGCAAGCAAGAGAAGAAGUCUUUAUGGCAGUACUUUCAACACAUCUGUAUAUAGUAGUCCAUAUAGUCCCAGUUCUGGAAACAGUCCUUACUGUAGUAAUGUCAGCUCUCCUUCCUCCACUCCAGUGAGACUUCCCAUCGUAAAGCAGCUUGUCCUACCUGGUAAUUCAGAGAUUUCAGAGGAAUCCUACAAUCAUGCUGGAAUUACUCUUGUGUGUAGCCCUCUUCCACAAAUUCAACAUGUAUCACAGAAAACCAGCCAGAAUGAAACUCAUUCUUAUGCAGUUUCUUAUAGAGGUUCAAUGGAAAGAAAUCCACCUAUUAGUCCCCAGUCCUCUGUUGAUAGUGAGCUGAGUACUUCAGAGAUGGAUGAAGAUUCUAUUGGAUCAGGGUAUAAGCUAAAUGAUGUUACAGAUGUACAGAUUAUGGCACGAAUGCAAGAAGAAAGCCUCAGACAAGAAUAUGCAGCAACAGCAUCACGUCGUAGUUCAGGAUCAUCUUGCCACUCCCUUCGACGUGGCACAUUUAGUGACCAGGAGCUAGAUGCUCACAGCCUGGAGGAUGAUGAAGAGGGAAUGCACUCUGCUUUUCAUCCACCUCUUAAUCGCUAUUCUCCUUCUCCACGACAUUCUCCUCGUCCAUCACCCCGCCAAUCGCCUCGUAAUUCUCCUCGGUCCCGCUCUCCUGCACGCUCCCUAGAAUACAAUCGAGCAUCACCACAGCCAAUUUUUAGUCGACUACAACAACCACGUCUCUCCUUGCAAGGGCAUGGUCCUGAUCUUCAGACCAAUGCUGUCAGAAAUGAAGAACAGCUAAGACGUAGUCUUCCAAAUCUUUCCAAAACAUCUGGUCUUCAGGCAGGGGAGCCUGUCAAAAACAGCAGAAGUUAUGAAUCAAAUCUUCAAGUGCCAAAUGGAGGAGUAUCUCGACUUCAGCAGCAAUCCUCAGCCAUACCUUCUCCUAGCAAACUGAGACCGCCAGCAGCACCAUCUCCCUUGGCACUUAAGCAGCCUAUCAAGGCAUUGUUAAAUCCUGGGAAUACCUCAGCUGGUGUAAAUGUACAACAGACAAGUCCUCCAGUGCCAGCAGGAGGAAAUACAACUCCAGUUAGAUCUGUUGGUGUUCGGAGUGGACUUCCAAGGCCCAGCACCACACCUGGUGGAGGAGGAAUACCAGUGCCUCGCAGUAAACUUGCACAGUCUGUCCGUAGGUCUUUGCCAGUUCCCAGGACUUAUGGUGGGAUGAAAGAUGAUAGCUGGAAGGAGGGUUGCUACUAAACAGAAUGUUCUUAAGAUACCCACACAGACUGAACUUUGUAGCAGAAUUAUCAGUUAUGACUUGCAGGAUUCAGAGGAUUUUAGGAUUGACUGAUCACCUGGUGAAAUGAAUCCUUAAUCUCUGAAGCUUUAUCAGCACAAAUUGCCAGAGAUUAUUUAGCAGCACUUUACCAACAUUUUUACUUUUUUGUAUGUAUACAAUCAUUUUCCAUAAAGAUCUCUUCAUUGCACUCCUGUGAAAUUCUUGACAACCCUGGCCGAGCUUUGGGCGCAGACUUUCAUGAAUGCCAAAGAAAAAUGCUGUUCUUUAGUACUAGUAAAUAAAAUUUGGCCUGAAACUGUUUUUUCGUCCUGCUUUAUACCUUAAAUCUUAAUCAAAAACUAAAUGCUAAGUUUGAAAUGAGAUUGUGUUGACUGAAUUAGAAUGAUAACAAUGGUCUGUUUCUCCGUUGCAUGCAAUUAAGGUGUAUUGGCUUUAUGCAAAGCCAAGUAAGAAUUUUGGGAACAUUUUUUUGGUCUGGAGAAUUUCAAAAGAAAAAUUGGCCCAAAAACUUUGCAAGAGUGCAAUUGCCUAAUGUGUUUUAAUGUAUGCUUCAAGUUUUAGUUAUAAAAUAACACUUGAAAUUACUAUGGGCCAUUUGUUGAGCAUUCAAGGUGCAUCCAAAUGAAAUCUGCACUGUAUGUUUCAGCUCAGGAACAAGCUUGUCAUUGAUCUGGAGAAACACUUAACUUUGAAAGAUUUUGAUAAAUGGGCUACAAGGGGGGUGGUUUUAGUGUAGGUGGUUUUGUCUGUACCAUUUUUAAUGGAUACUAUUUUUGUGGUUAAUAAGACGUGCCCCAAAUAGCUAUUCCUCAUCCAAGUCGAACGCUCCUAGAUUUUUUUGCACCCUGGAACUACAUUUUGAAGUUCUGUUCAAGCUAUGCACUUGUUUCAUACAAAUUACUUAUCACAGCAUCUCAGUUUUGAGGAUGUGUUCUGAAUAUAUCGUCAUCAGUCAUAAGUACUUUAUGGUUAUUUACAUCAUUUCAUUGAGGAAUAGUUGCCUUGGGUUACCACUUGAUAAUUAGUUGCAAAUCAAGUGAAAACCUAAUUGUAAAGUACUCCAUUUCUUAUUUAUUAAGUGCCUGGGUUGAUUGAAUCAACCAAACAUGUUGAACUUGGUAAUGGUGGUGGUCAAUGUUGGUGUGAUUCUUAUUUAUUAUUAUUAUUUUUUUAAUAAAGCAGUCACCCCCCGCCCAUCUUUUUUUGUUUUUGAAAAAUGUUGUUCAUUAUUUACUCAAUUUAAUCAAUUACUAUAUGGUGUCAAUCAUCUGCUGGUUAAGAAAAUGUUUAUUCUACAUAGAUAGUGGUUUACAUAAACAUUAAAUAACAAAGGGAAGAUGAAUUGCAACCCGUUACCACUACAAACAAAUCGUGAUUUUUGAAAUUUCCACUAUGAUCGAAAAUGACAGCUAGUUAAACUACAUAGCUGCAGACAGUUUUUUCUAGCUUAUCUAAUUUGUAGUGCAUUAGCACUUUAACUUUCAAUUAAGAACAUUGUUGUAAUUAUUAAUUAAUAAAAUUGUUGAUACAUAAUUGUUACGGUGAAUAAUUUAUUUUAGUCAUUUGACAUUUUCUUUUGGGGGGGGGAAAAAAAUCACAAAAGUCAAUAAGCACCCAAAACUGAUCCAGGCCAUUCUGUAUUAAUUACUAAACUUUCAUGCCUUCAUCACUGACCCCUAAUACAACAAAAUAUUUACUAUUUAGAAUCCAGCCAAAUGGUUUUAAAAGUAUUGACAAUUUCUGAAUAUUUUAUAUAGAGGUGUGUGUGUGUGUGUGUGUGUGUGUGUGAACGUGAGAGGAAGUCAUUACAUGAGGUGAAAAAGUGGAACUGUAUAAGUAGUGUGGUGUGUCGUGCUGAGACAUACAAUAAUGUUAUGAAUACAUAGUGGGUACGUAUCUCUGGAAGAAUGUAAAUUCACCCCAUUAUUGAUUACUAUGUGUGUUUCAAUGCUUUUUUUUUUUGUUUCUUCCAGAAGUAUUUUUUUUCAUCUCCCCUCUGGUACCAAACUUACUAUGCCAAUACUUUUAGUUUUAUUUAGUGGAUUUUCUGUAGUUGAGGUCAGGGUAACUAACCUACUAAUAUUUUAUUUUCAAAUGGUAACAUUUCUUAGCUUUUUAGAAACAUUUUUCCUCAAUCUGAAUAACAGUAGUAGACAUGCAGUUUAAUUGUUUUAAUAUAAUAUACAGUAAGAGAGGUACUCAUUUUGAUAAACAGGCUGUCUGUUUAGAAAGCCUCUAUAUUUCUUUUAGAAUUAUGUCUAUUCUGGCAUUUCAGAGAGCCUGAUAAGAUGUGAAAUAAACGCACAUCACCAAACAAAUAUUUUGACUAAUUUUAGGAGAGAACUUUUUUUUGGGGGUGGAGGACGCCUUGCAGUCAAUGCUGUGUACUGAUUGGUAAAGCUGAAGUGUAUACUUGGUAGAAAAAAAAUAAUUUUGUGGUGUUCAAAAAAAGUAGUGUAUUUGAUUUUUUUUUUUUUUUUUUUUUUAGUUUUGAUUCUUAUAAAAAUGAACAAGCAUUACAGUAAAAUAUGUAAUUGUCAAGCCAUAUUUUUAAUAGCUGGUGAAAGAAAAAAGAUUGCCAGUCCCUUAACUAGGUGAUUAGUGUUCAGUCUGUGCACUCAUUAGCCUAAUACGGCAUGCUGCUAAGAAAUCUAUAGCUAACUAAUAGAAUACUGCAGGACUACUUGCCGUGUCUGUGUCCUUGACGUGACUCUGUGACAUUUGUUACUUUUUUAUUUAUUUUGUUGUAUUUCUAUAGGUUUAUUAAUUUUUAUACAUUUAACUUUUCUCUGGUUACCUUAACCUGAAGCACCUUCUUCAUAAUCUUACUAAUAAAACUAUUUUCAAAGUUUUAUGCUAGCAUUUACUGUAUGAAGUAUAGUUGAGAUGCCCUAAUGAUAAGAAUAGAAAGAGGAUAAUGCUUAAGCAAACCACAUUUUAGCUGCAAGCUUUGUAUAUCCAGAAUUAUGUUGCAAGCAGCAUGUGUCAUUUUUCAUUUUAUUACAUUAGCUGGUGUUGAAAAUUGUGUUGUAAUCAGCAGUGCUUUUCUUAGCAGCUCUGAGUCCUGCCACCUAAGACACUGAUGGUGCCAGACGUUUCCCUUUAGGAGCUGUAAGUAAUUUGGACAUAGUUCUCCUAAAUCCAGUGUUUUGCAAAUUUUUGAAGGGUGUGUUGUGUGUGUAAGAAAAUGUGAGCUGCAUGAUCGAACUAAUGAAAUAAAUACAACAUUUAAAUCACUAUUUCCUGUUGUUAACAUUUCUGCUGUUUUUAUUGCUCACACUUUAGGAAACAUGAGAAGGUUUAUGAAUAAAAUGUAAGGAGAAUCAUCCUGGUGCCUGUGAUUUAACAAAGCCUUUUUUGUUAUUUUAUUUUUUGUGCCAACUCUUUGUAAGUGCCAUUGUUAUUUAAGAACUAAAGAUAUUUCCUUUUAUGAGAUAUUUAAUUUUGUUUUUGACAUGUUGCUUUGAAAAAUAUACAGUAUAAAAGUUUUUUUGACUUGCAACAAAAUAAAAUUUAAUGCUAGAUUUAACUAAAACUCCCAAAAUGUAUCUAAGCAAAGUAAUUUUGUUUAUAUGCACAAGCACAUGACUUGUAGGUUUGUUUUUUUCAAUAUGGGGAUGUGGCCACCAGUUUGUUAAAUGCAAUUAAAAGAUCAGACCAUGUAUUCAUUAUUUUGUUUACACAAUUUUGUAAGCAUUCAUCCAUAUUUAUCAUUGUCUCAUGUACAGCCACAUUUCAAGUAAUAAAAGUUAAAAAUAUUUUUGA